CGGAACCAUGACAGAAGAUGACGGAUACAGUUGUCGCGGAGGGACAAGUCAAGUUUAGAGAUGGAAAAAAGUGGAAGACUCGGUGUGUCGUCCUUCGGAAGCCUUCUCCGGUCGCAGACUGUCUGUCUCUGCUGGUGUACAAGGAGAAGAAGAAAGGGAAGGAGAAGGGCAGCGGCCACAAGGAGAGGCUCAAUGUAACGCUGGAGGGGAUCUGUGGCGUGGAGCCUGGGCCUGGGUACGACGGGGUAGCCUACACCCUCUCCAUCCUCUGUCUGGCACAGACGCUGGUCCUGGGCUUCAACAACCGUGAAGCCCUGCUGGCCUGGGAUGCUCGUGUCCGCUACAGCCUGGGAGAAGUCCACAGGUUUACUGUCAACGUUGAGCCAGGUACCAAACUAGAAAGCGGCCCCGCCUCCCUCCACCUGUGCAACGACCUAUUGGUCCUUACCAGAGGUGUCCCGCCUGUCGUCAUUGGCCACUGGAAGUUGUCUGCAUUGCGUCGAUAUGGUGCAGUGCCAAAUGGCUUCGUGUGAGGGGGGACUCGCUGCGGAUUCUGGGCUGGUGUUUUCUUCUUGUCCUGUUCAGAAGGAGAGCAGAUCAGUUUCCUGUUUGACUGCAUUGUCAGGGGCAUCACCUCAAGCAGGACGCCUCAUGGCCUGCGACCUGCCCUGCCAGAUCUAAAUGCUGAUCAAGUGUCAGCAGAGGAACGAAUCAACCAAGAGGCGUCACAGCUGGAGAAGAGACUCAGCAUGUUGUCUCAAAGCAGCCUAGCCAGCAGCACAGCCUCCACUUACAGCUGUAGCACAUCUGUUGCCGGGGACGACCAAAGCAGCAUCUCCAGCUCCUCCUCCAGUCAAUCGGAUGCAAGCUAUGGAAGCAGACUUCCAUUUUGGGUGGAGCCGUUAGCUAGACUGCACCUCUCCAACGAGAUGGCCUCUAGCUCCUCCGCAGUGAAGGCUUUGAACAGUUCAGACGAGCGGCUUUAUGCUGCCGUGAUGGGAAGCUCGGGGAAUCGUCCAUCCUCCGCCCAGCUGCAUCCUCGUGGUCUCCAUGACAGCGGGCGGCAGAGCUCAUUAGACAGUGGGAUUGGGAUAGCGACAGGCAGUCAGUCAUCUUACUCUGGGAGCUUCUCCUCAUGUACUGGGAGUCUGGACAUAGCCAGCCAGGGAGGGGAGGCGGAGUUUGGCUCUGUGACCAGCCUACCUGCUCCUCCUCCUUCUUCACCUCCCGCUGUUCCUACCCCCACUCCUCCUCCUCCUUUUCAGUCCACACUUACCCCAGAGCCCAGAUCUGAUACCUCCUCCCCUUGCCCUUGUGUCUCCAGAUCUUGCUCUCGUGCGUCCGAGAGUCACAGUGGAGAGUAUCAAAUCCCCAGCCUGCUAACACUGCGGUAUGACACCCCUAGGAGUCUGCUCAAGACCCUGUCCCUGGGGGAACCAUCCAUCCAUGGAGGCCCCCCUGAGCUGGGCAGGUACAGCAGGUGCAGUGGGGAUGAAUGGGGUAGUCAGGGACAAAGGUUGAGCAACAUCCCCACAGGACCCGGGGCUCAGGGUCAGGCCAUGAUGCAGCGCUCGCACUCCUGGGGCAGUGAAAGGGCGCCCCCUGUGGACAGUGAGGGGAGGUCCACACCUAGAGCCCUUCUAGUCCCUGGAGGCCUAGUUUGUGGAGAAACACAGUGCAGUCACGGUUUGGACAACUACAUUACACCAGAGCAGUGGCGGUCAGCGAGGAACAGAUGCUUGGUUCAGGUUGCCACCUCUCCAUCAGGCCUGUCACCUUCUGCAGAUACACAAGAUCCUUCUCUCUGUGUGAGAGAGGAGCAGAAUGGAGCUGGCUACAGGUUAGCAGAUGUAAAGAGGUCAGUGCCCUCUCUGCCACCUCUGCCUCUUGCUCUGAGCAUGCAUCGGCCAACAACAGCUUGUGGUAUUUUCCAGUCUGCCCAUGAAGCUCCUCCGUGUGUAGCCCUGGACACUCGGCUCCAUAGGGACAGCCAUGUUAAUUAUGUUAACAUCCCCAGAGGGGCCCUACCAGCUACAACUCACGGAGAACUCCUCUACACAGAGCUGGACCUGCGAGAGCCCAUCUCAGCUCCAGUCUCCAGUCUGUACAGUGCUGUCAGAGAAGAAGGCUCCGUCAAGUACGCCCACCUCGACAUCACUGCCAUGGAAACAGCUCAGAGAGUGGGGAGGGAGCAUGUUCAGGGCCGAGAGGACAGACUGACUCAGCUGGAGAGCAGGCGGUGA